AUGACAUCCUUUUUUUUUAUACUUUGUUCUAUAUUAAUUAUCUCAUGUUAUGCUGGCAUUUUACCAACAGGAACACAAAAUGAUCACAAAUCUCGUGUACUUGAUUUACCGCUAAGUCAACAAGAACAUUUUGCUGAUACAAAUAAAGAUGAAAAAGUUGAACAUAAUACUGAAUAUGAUCAUGAAGCAUUUUUAGGUGCUGAAGAAGCAAAAAAAUUUGAUAAAUUAUCAGUUGAAGAAAGUAAAAAACGUCUUGGUACUUUAUUUGAUCGAAUUGAUAAAGAUCAUAAUAGUACAAUAACAAAACAAGAAUUAAAAGAUUGGAUAAAAUCUGUUCAAACACGUUAUAUCACUGGUGAUGUUGAACGACAAUGGUUACAAAUGAAUAAUGAUUCAAAUCAAGAAAUUUCAUGGAAUGAAUAUGAUAAAGUAACAUAUUAUGCUUUAUAUGAUAAUGUUCCUGAAGUAAAACAAGUGACAGAUCAAUAUCUUCGAUUACAAAAGAAAGAUCGACGAAGAUUUCUGAAAGCUGAUGAAGAUGGUAAUGGAAGUUUGAAUAAACGUGAAUUUAUUGAUUUUAUUCAUCCUGAACAAAGUUUUCGAAUGAAAGAUCUUGUUAUAACAGAAACAAUUGAAGAUAUUGAUAAAAAUAAUGAUGGAUUUAUUUCACUUGAAGAAUUUAUAACUGAUAUGUGGGAUAGUAAUGAAAAUAAUCAUACAACUGAACCAGAUUGGGUUGAUGUUGAAAGAAAAAAUUUUCGUAAUUAUCGUGAUCUUGAUCAUGAUGGAAAAAUGAGUCGAAAAGAAGUUGAAUUAUGGUUAAUGCCAACUGAUUAUGAUAAUAUACAAGCUGAAACUGAACAUUUAUUUCAUGAAGCUGAUAAAAAUCAAGAUGAUCAAUUAACUAAAGAAGAAAUACUUGAUAAACAUGAUGUUUUUGUUGGAAGUCAAGCAACUGAUUGGGGUGCUGAAUUAACAGUUCAUAAUGAUCUCUAA